AUGGAUGGCAUUGAACUGUUGGCCCGUGCCAAUAGCCAUGAUUCAGAGAGGACAAAACUCCUCAAGCAGGUGCUCCUGUCCUCGUCCAAGCUUCACCGGGAGCUACGCGUGACCUUGGGCACACCUGCCCCAAAAGCCAGCAAGUUUGGCACCUUUGUACCGAGCGCCGCGCUCAAGAGACAAAAGGAGUUACAAGCUGCAAGCCCUUUGGCAGCGUCGUUGAAAGAAAAGCUCGAGCUUUGUGCGCAAGGCGAUUCCGACAUUUGCGAGCUUAUGACGCCUGGACGAGAGCUCUCGCCGGUGCUGAAGUCUUGUGGGGCGAGAAUCGGUAACCUUUCAGAUAGGCUUUCUGCGGUGGAGGGGCAGUUGGUUCUGCGCGGCGGUGCUUUACCUGCACGGGAGGAGGAGGAGACCCAUCUCAUCGAAAUCAUCCCAAGGGGCCAGCAGGCCUCGGCAGCCACUCGGCACAAAGCCGAAGCGGCUGCAGAGCGGGCCCUGCAGCAGCAUGCUCGUUUCGCCGCGCUGGAGGAUUUGCAAAAUACUCUCCAGACACGGUUUUCAUACGAUGACCUGCGGCAGUCAUUUCCGCGCAGGUCGAGAUGGAAUCCGAAUCUCUACCUUCUGACAGACGAGACCUUGAAAAAUCCGGCUGAGUUCAAG